UCUGGCAGCCAGGCGGCCGCUGCCUCCGGCCGGAGCCGCCGCACUUGGGAAGCGACUCCCGGCCCCGGCGCUGCUGCCGGGAUGGGGACGCCGCCGGCGGCUCCCGGAUUGCUGCUGCUGCUCCUGGCCGGCACCGCGGGGCUCUGCCGGGCGCUCUUCUCCCUGCCGCUCCGCGUGUCCCACCCCGCCGCCCCCGCCGGGUCGCCGCCCGCCCCGGUGGUGCUGCGGCCGGCCAGCGGCAGCCGGCAGCAGGAUGCCCCCGGGGCUGCGGACGGCUUGGCCUUGGCUUCGGAUCCCGGCGGCACCCUCAACUUUUUAGCCAUGGUGGAGAACCUCCAGGGAGACUCCGGCCGCGGCUACUACCUGGAGAUGCUGAUCGGGACCCCGCCGCAGGCGUUAAAUAUUCUGGUUGACACUGGGAGCAGCAAUUUUGCUGUAGCAGGUGUGCCUGAUCCUGAUGUCACAUCCUACUUCAAUCCUGAGCUGUCAAGCACAUACAGAUCUCAAGGCAUUGAGGUGACAGUGAAGUACAGCCAAGGCAGCUGGACUGGGCUGCUGGGCACAGAUGUCAUCACCAUGCCCAAAGGACUCUAUGGCAGCUACACCACCAACAUUGCCACCAUCCUGGAGUCAGAGAACUUCUUCCUGCCAGGGGUUAAGUGGCACGGGAUCCUGGGUCUCGCCUACGAUGCCUUAGCCAAGCCUUCCAGUUCUGUGGAGACAUUCUUUGAUUCCCUCGUGAGGCAGGCCAAGAUCCCCAACAUUUUCUCCCUGCAGAUGUGUGGUGCUGGACUCCCUGUUUCUGGAAGUGGUACCAACGGAGGUAGUCUUGUGCUGGGUGGAAUUGAGCCGAGUCUGUACACAGGGGACAUCUGGUACACACCCAUCAAGGAGGAGUGGUACUACCAGGUGGAAAUCCUCAAGCUGGAGGUGGGGGGACAGAACCUCCAGCUGGACUGCAGAGAGUACAAUGCUGAUAAAGCCAUAGUAGACAGUGGAACCACUCUCCUUCGACUGCCAGAGAAAGUCUUCAGUGCUGUGGUGCAGGCAAUAGCUCGCACGUCCCUGAUACAAGAAUUCUCUUCUGAAUUCUGGACUGGUACACAGCUUGCAUGCUGGGAUAGAACUGAAAAACCCUGGUCCUUAUUUCCCAAACUCUCCAUUUACCUGAGGGAUGAAAACUCCAGUAGGUCGUUUCGGAUCUCUAUCCUACCACAGCUUUACAUUCAACCCAUCCUUGUGAUAGGAGAUAAUUUGCAGUGCUACCGAUUCGGCAUCUCCUCCUCCACAAACGCUCUGGUCAUUGGUGCUACAGUCAUGGAAGGGUUUUAUGUCAUCUUUGACAGAGCCCAGAGGAGAGUGGGCUUUGCAGUGAGUCCCUGUGCAGAAGCGGACGGCUCGCCCGUCUCUGAGAUUGAGGGCCCUUUCACCACAGCAGACGUGGCCAGCAACUGCGUCUCCAGCGUCUCCUUCCACGAGCCCGUGCUCUGGAUCGCCUCCUACGCCCUGAUGAGCCUGUGUGGGAUCAUCCUGCUGGUGCUGAUGGUGCUGCUGCUCAUCCCACCGCGCUGCCAGCACCGCUACACGGACAACGACGUGGUCAACGACGAGUCCUCCCUCGUGCGCCACCGGUGGAAAUGAGAGGCUGGAUCCCAAAAAACAGACUUAAAAACCAAGGACAAAGAGCUCUGCCAAGGGGAAGAAGCCAAUGCCUCCUCAGUCCCUUCUAUGUUCCUACAAAACGCUGUUGAAAAUCCCACCAAAUACCCUGCGUCGUGACUUUUAUAGCUUUAUUUUCUAACACCGGUUCUGAACCAAAGCACUGUUAACCACCUCUGAAGUGCUACGGUACUGGAUUUGCUACUGCAGUGCAAUGAGCCUUUAUGCUCUCUACAGUACCUUCUUUAAAAAAAAAAAAAAAAAAAAAAACAAGUUUAAAAAAAAAAAAAAAAAGAUAAAAAACCACACCGUGAUGUUCUUCCACUGUCUGAACAAAAUUGUCCAUCUCUCUUUCACAAAAAAAAAAGGAGCUGUCAGUAUUUUCUAACUAAUCGAGCCCUGACUGUAGAAAAAGAGAAAAAAAAUAAUCUUUCUUAUUAAUUGCAUUAAAUGAAUACUGCUUUCUGUUUA